CAGAUGGGGCAUAUAUAGAGGACUAAUGAUUCUUAACAAUCUUCACAUCUAGGUUUUCUCAUGGGAUAAGUCCUUCUUAACUCAAGAAGGAUACCAAUGGAGAUGGGUCAAUCUUCUUCAAGAACUGCUAUGCUUCGUUCUACUUCUUCAACAAAGACAGAAAGAAAGGUCAUAGAGCAAAAUAGAAGAAAUCAAAUGAAGACCCUCUUCUCCAACCUUAAUUCUCUCCUUCCUAAACAAAGUUCCAAGGAAGCAUUGCCACUGCCUGAUCAGGUAGAUGAAGCUAUAAACUACAUAAAGAGUGUAAAGGAAAAGUUGAAGAAAUACAAGGAAAAGAAAGAAAGCUUAUCAGGCAGAAAAAGAUCGUUUUCUAAUUGCACCCGUUCUUUUGAAUCUACGUCAACUUCAAGAGCACCUCAAUUAGAAAUCCGAGAAAUGGGUUUUUCUCUGCAGAUAGUUUUGAUAAGUGGGGUAGAUAAUCAGUUCAUUUUCUAUGAGAUCAUUCGCAUUCUGCACGAUGAAGGUGUAGAAAUCGCUAGUGCUAGUUUUUCAGUUUCUGGCAAUUCAAUUUAUCAUGUAGUUCAUGCACAGAUGAGGGAAUCUGAUUUCAGUUUUGGAGCUGCAAAAGUGACUGAGAGACUGAACAGGUUUAUCAACGGAUCAACGAGUGAAUUAGAAUUAGAACCAGAGUUAUGGGACUUUAAUGAUCUUAAUCCUGAGACAUGGGCAUUCUGAAAGAUGAAGUAAGAAUUCCAUUGUAGUUUUGAAUCUGGAUGACAGAGAGAUAUCUGUAUUAUAAAAUGUACUAUAUAGCAAAGAAGCCUUCUUGUUCUUUUUAAUAAUAUGGGCAACUAUAGGAUGCAAAUUUCCUAUCAAA